CCCCGAGCGGAAUGCCCCGGAAGUGGUAGCAUGGUGGCGGUCUGAGCGCGGUGGUGGCGGCCUCGUGAGUCUGCGCCUCCCAGGGCCCUCGUCCGCGGUGCGGGGGAGAAGGCCCCCCGGGGAGGUUAUCCCGGGAGGCUGCCUGCGCACGACCUGAGCCCCACACGUGCGUCCCGGGCAGGGCGAGCGCGGCGGGACGAUGCCCGGCUGGCGGGUGCCGGUGGUGGACGUCCAGAACGACAACUUCAAGGAGCUGUGGCCCUCCAUGCUGCUGGCCGUGCGCACCUCCAGCUUCGUGGCCGUGGACACGGAGCUAAGCGGCCUCGGAACGAGGAAAAGCCUGCUAAACCAGUGCAUCGAGGAGCGAUACAAAGCCGUCUGCAAUGCUGCCAAGACCCGCUCUGUCCUGUCACUGGGAAUCGCCUGCUUCAAGCAGCUGCCAGAAAAGUCGGAGAACACCUACCUGUCGCAGAUCUACAACCUGACGCUGCUGUGCAUGGAGGACUAUGUCAUCGAGCCGCAGUCGGUGCAGUUCCUGGUGCAGCACGGCUUUGACUUCAACAAGCAGUACUCACAGGGCAUCCCCUACCACAAGGGCAAUGACAAGGGCAAUGAGAACCAGAGCCAGAGCGUGCGGUCCUUCUUCCUGGAGCUGAUCCGGGCCAAGAAACCCCUGAUCCUGCACAACGGGCUCAUCGACUUGGUGUUCCUGUACCAGUGCUUCUACGCCCACCUCCCUGACAGCCUGGGCACCUUCACUGCCGACCUCUCGGAGAUGUUCCCUGCCGGCAUCUAUGACACCAAGUAUGCCUCCGAGUUUGAGACCCGCUUCGUGGCCUCCUACCUGGAGUAUGCCUACAAGAAGUGCAAGCGGGAGAACAUCAAGCUGAAGGACUCGAGCAGCCAGCACCUCACAGUAGAGUUCUGCAGCUACCCCGCCAGCAUGGCCCACUACAUUGACUACCGAUACUGCUCCUUGGAGGACGGCAACCACAGCACAGCCCAGGCCAGCAAGGUCUCUGUCUGCGAGACCUUCUCGGCCUACGGAUGGUGCCCCAAUGGGAUGAAGUGCACCCAGUCCCACAACAUUGACCUCAUCAUCGAUGAGGACGAGCGGCUCCGGGCCGAGAAGCGGAAGAAGCGGAAGCAGAGAUGGAAGAGGCGCAAGAAUGCGGAGGAGGCUGUCAAGGCACCCGAGGAGCCAGGGGCCGUGGAGGGGGUCCACAAUGGGGAGGGUGGGCCCCCGCGGAAGCAGUGCUGCCCGGGCCAGCAGGGCAGAGUGGGGUCGGAUCCCGUGGGGAAGGCAUCCAGCGAGGAGGCAGAGAGCACCGUGGAUUGGACUGCGGAUGUCGGGGUGGAGGACUUUGGGAGUGCCAUGGAGCAGGAGGGCACCACGCAACCAACUGCUGGAGGGAGUGCCUGCCAUGGCGAGCAAGAGGAGGGCGCAGCAGAGCCAGGCUCCUUGCCACCCCAAGACUGCUCACUGGACACUGCCGCUGGCUCCCCUGGCAGGAAGCCCCCGGAGGCCUCGGCUUCACCCGCAUAUGGGGGCAUUCACCGCGCUGGCUUUGAUGCCUUCAUGACUGGCUACAUCAUGGCCUAUGUCUGGAUGCUCAAGAAAGGGACAGCUGGCGAGUCGGGGCCAUGGCUCCCGGACUGUCACAACAAGCUGUACCUCAGUGGGAAGUCGGUGCCGCUGCAGAUCGUGAAGAGCUUGUUCUCCAAGUCCUCCAAAGCUCACUGCCAGAAGAUGAAGCUGGCCUGGGCCAGUGGCUAGUGUGGGGCAGGGGAAGGGUGGGGGGAGGUUAGCUCUUUCAUUUUCCCUCCAGAAGCUUGAGGCUUUGACUCCAUGAACAAUUUGUGGGGUGUGGGGAGGGACCAUCCUGUUCUUGUUUAAUGCCAGGACAAUUAAAUUGCUCUUCCCCCAAAGCCCCUCAUGCUUGUCCUUUGGGGCAGUACAUGAUCUGUGCCAGCCUUGGCUGACCUCAAGCAUGGAGCUUUUGGGGGCUAGGGCCUGUGUUCAGCCUGCACCUGGAGUUUCACUGGUGGUGACAUGAGGCUGCUUCCUGCCAAGAAAGCAGCUGAGGUAAGAGCCU